AUGUGUAACGCAUUCUGCUCCGCGCGCGUACACAUCCGUAGCAGCGACAAAACAAUGAUCGAAGAGACAACGCUGAAGGUUGGCGGAGCGCGCAAAACCAAGACGCACCACGACGGAAUAAGGGAAAAGAGGGUCAUACGGCCGGCCGCUAAGAGGAGGGUGCGGAACAGCCGCCAUGUGGACCGCGGGGAGCCGCCGGAGCCGGCAAAUGAUGCAGGCACCUGCGACUGCGGCUGCGAUAGACAAAUCAAGCGCAGGCUCUCCCUGCUGCUACACGGCUUUUUUGCCUCCAAGCACAGGUGGACGGUCGCCCUCAAGGUGGAGAGGAUGCGCCCGGCGGAGCUGGAACGCGUAAGCGCCGCGAUACAGGAGAACGGACUACAUGCCAUGGCCAGCGACAACCUCGACCUGGACACCAUAGAGCUGGACAUCUCGAGACAGCAGUGGAUAUCCGAUCACGAAGACAUGCGACGAGUGCGGCAGGCGCUGCUGGUAUUCUGCCUCGUCAACAACGUGGGAUACUGGCAGGGGCUGCACGACGUCGCGGCGGCGCUAGUGCGACUCAAGCCCAAGCCGACUGUCGGAGAGUUGGCCGCGAUACUGGAGAAGCUCAUAUGGAGGUUCGCCUCGAUACUCAUGCGAACAACGGAUGAAAACAUCGUCACUGAUGCGGGCAAAAUGGCGGCAAAGUGGAGGCUCAUGUUCCUCUUCUUCUUCCCCAGGGCAGCAACUGAACUCGAGCGGUUGUCCGACUCAAAUUCGUGGAACAUCAACUGGUUCCUUACGCUGGGAUUCUACAGGUUCGGAUGCGCAUACGUCGCGCUCGCGUACGCGUACACGGCCAUGCUCUGCAGCGCAGGGUGCAUGACGGCGUUCAUGUACCACGAGCUGGGAUACCUCGGGAUCAGGGGAUACUUGACGUACCGCCUGCAGAAAAACCAGAAGCUCUCGCAUCCAAAUUUCAAUCUGUUCGAGGAGGAGUUUGACGAGGAAACCAUGACGCUGGCGGUGACAAACUCGAAAAAGAUACAGCUCACUCCGGAGGAACUCAUCAACGUCUCCCGCAACCUGUACGACACACUCAACGACAAGGAGUGCGAAAUGGCGGAGUUCCCCAUACUGCCCAUACUCAAAAUGUCCAACUUCCUGUACAACAGAAGCCCGCUUAUACUAUACAAAAACCACGACCUGCAACCAAAAAAUGUAGUGCAAAUAGGCAUUUCGGACAUCUUUAAAGAAAACGAAACGCCGCGAUCUGCAGAGCCGCCGACCAGGCAAUCGCAAGUAGUUGCCAGGGGGAUUCUCAGGAUGCUGCCAGAACCGAGACAACACGCCGAAAUCAGCCACAGGCUCAACAUCGAGCUGCUCAACGUAUACCUCAAAAAACUCUACGCAAACGUACUGAAGAAGUCGUUCAUAUUCCCCUCAAGGUUUGAGGGUGCUAUCGCACGAAAGGCAACUUUCACAUACCACAUCAUCGACGUCAGGAGCCAAUACCUCACCUACGGGGAGACGCUGCAGUUCUUCUUUGGCGAUACAAACGUCUCAUACCUCACGGAAUCGCAACUCAACGACUUCGCCAGAGGGCUCAACCACACGCAGACGUUCACGGUGUGGCUCAUAGUUACGGACGACGGCUUUGAAAACCCGGGCGACUCGGCGUCAACGGAGUCGCUAAAUAGGGGCAUUGCUACAUAUUGGAUGCUGUCCAGAACCUGCACGGGUGUGGCGAUACUCAAGGGCGGCUAUAAGGCGCUGCUGAAGUGGAAAAAUUUGCCAGUGCCGGCAAAAAUAAACAUACCCUUCUUCAAGAAGAUGUGGGACUGGAUGCCCACGGGAAGGGACCAGGGGUCCAAGAUUGCCAUUCAAAACGUCGUUGCAGCCAUAGAUGACACUUUCAGCGAUCUAUCUGGCAGGAUAAAGCACGAAGUCACUUCAAGGAUUGGGUUGUUCAGGAGGAACUCGCGACGAUCGGCGAUAUCGACCGACGGACAGGAGGCGCACAAGCCCAAAAAGAAAGUGGCGUGCAUGAGAUACAUUGUACGAGUGGCGAUUGAAACACUGGGAUCUGUAAGCUUCAGCUCGAACGGGGCGAUCAAGCUUAACGGGAUCAUAUGGCACCCCUCUACUUUCGCAAGGCACGCAAAUAAUACUCUCGCCAGUGCCAUUCUAUACUUGGCGGGACUCUUCCAGAUCACCAGUGCAGACGGGUUCCCGGAAAUAGUGCCAAGGGGCGCCCAUCUAAAAAUGGCGAGGGACAUCACGAAACGUCCCAUGUCGGACUUUGGCGAACGGCUGGUUAACUGCACCAUGCUGCUGCACCACACCAGGCGGACUACUGACAUGGUACCGGCGGACCGAGUUUUAGCAGUAACUGUGAAAUGGGCACACUUGUGCGCGCAUGCGAUGCACAAAAGCGUAAUCGAAAGCUGGUGGGUCACUAUCGCAACAGAUACGACGGUAAACGCCGCGCCGUUGGCGGGCGAAAAGGUUGUCAACACUUACAUCGCCAUAUCUUUAGAGGGGGGUUAUGGCUCCGAUUAUGACGACUCGUCAGUUGAAGAGUCGGAGUGUGACGGAGACUUCUGGAAAGGGAAAGAGAACGUCCACUACCACCACUGGGGAAAACAAGAAUUGGAUGCCUCAAGUAGCAGACUUGUCGAGUCUUUUGCGGCAUUAGGUCAUGGUUUGGAGGAGAUCAAGGGCGGCAACAUGGUGGAACGCCGAGUGGCGCCAAUUGACCUUUCUCUACUAAAUGCCAACACGGCCCUGACGUACCAAUGGGCGGCACCCAGGGAGCCCUCCAUAUGCAGCGAAAGAAGAACACGCGUCUUCUCUAGGAGAAUCAAGCCGCAAUCCAAGAGCGUAGAAGUCACCGCGAGCACACCCAACACACAAAGCGUGCCCAUAAAUGCAGUCAACAGAGCAAAGAAUGUAUUCUUUCCCAGAAACCAACUCAAGCGGGCUCUUAUCGCGAGGAACAUCAGUGGGCAGGGGCACAACACCUACAGCAGCGUCUGA